GGCAAAGACCAGCAAGCGCUCCACGCAAGGACAGCAGAGCCCAGUGCAGACCCCAAAGUCUGCCAAGAACAAACGCGCACAGGGCUCCACCAAAACCAAGACCCCGGUUUCGACGCCAAAGUCGUCAGAGACAACUCAGACGACACCCGGAGCCCCCGUCAAGGCAUCCCGCAAGCGUCGUGCCGGCGAGCACAAGGAGGAGAGCCACUCCGUCGAGUUGGCGACAAGUCUCUCCCAGCUCCAGAUCGAGGAGCCUCCCAAGAAGCGUGCUAAGGGCACCAAGAACACUCCAUCGAAACAGGCAGUGGAGUUUGAGGAGGAGCCGGCUCCGCAGACGCCGCCCUGCAAGCCGCGCAAUGCCAAGAAGGGCGACCGCAACAAUCAAAGAUCUACGGUCGACGAGACAUGCUGGACUCCACCGCGCACAAGCCCGCACCCAGGAAAGACGCGCUCCUCCAAGACCAGAAGCGGAGGAAGCAUGAAGUCCGAGAUUGAUCCAGAAGGCUUAGCAGCUCUUCGUGCUGUCCAGGAUGCUUUUGCACCACAGCCAGGCUCAGUCGGGAGCUGCUCACGAAUUCUGAGGUUUGAGGACUAG